GGAUUAAAGCCAACUGGCAGUUUUUUUAGUGCAGCCGUAGAGAGCGGUUCAUUAUUUUGACCAGUCUUCCCCCUGAGUUGUUGAACCGCAUCAUUUAGACAGAAAACUAAAAUUUACCCGAUAAUGGCGGCGAGUAACGGUAAUUCCAAAAUGAGCCAACAGGGUCCAGCUUUCGACUCCAACGCGAUGACGCUGACGCGUUUCGUGCUUCAGGAGCAACGUAAAUUCAAGGGCGCCACUGGUGACCUGUCACAACUGCUCAACUGCAUCCAGACGGCCAUCAAGGCCACCGCCUCGGCGGUGCGGAAGGCAGGAAUCGCUAAGCUUCACGGCAUCGCUGGCGACGUGAACGUCCAGGGCGAGGAGGUGAAGAAACUGGACGUUCUCUCUAACGAGCUGUUCAUCAACAUGCUCAAGUCAUCCUACACAACCUGCCUGAUGGUGUCCGAGGAGAACGAGAAUGUUAUUGAAGUGGAAGUGGAUCGACAGGGAAAAUACAUCGUGUGCUUCGAUCCGCUGGACGGCUCCUCCAACAUAGACUGCCUGGUGUCGAUCGGUUCGAUCUUCGCCAUCUACCGCAAGAAGAAUGAUGGACCUCCGACCGUCGAAGAUGCUCUUCAGCCUGGCAAUCAGUUGGUGGCCGCAGGAUAUGCCCUAUACGGCUCUGCCACCGCCAUUGUCCUUGGACUGGGCUCCGGGGUGAACGGCUUUACCUAUGAUCCGGCCAUUGGUGAGUUCAUCCUGACCGAUCCCAACAUGCGCGUUCCCGAGAAGGGAAAAAUCUAUUCGAUCAACGAGGGCUACGCCAGCGACUGGGAAGCGGGUGUGGUGAACUACAUCAGUGCCAAGAAGGAUCCGACAAAGGGAAAGCCAUACGGGGCCCGUUACGUAGGCUCCAUGGUGGCCGAUGUCCACCGAACCAUCAAGUACGGCGGAAUUUUCAUCUACCCGGCGACCAAGUCGGCCCCAAAUGGAAAACUGCGACUGCUCUAUGAGUGUAACCCGAUGGCCUACCUCAUGAUUCAGGCCGGUGGACUGGCCAGCGACGGAAAGAUCAGCAUCCUGGAUAUUGUUCCCAAAAAGAUUCAUGAACGCAGCCCUAUAUUCCUUGGCUCCAAGGCCGACGUGGAGGAAGCCCUGAGCUACUUGAAGUGAUUUUGUAUUUUAAAUAAUGAGUAAACAAUAAUAAGUUUUUUAAUCAAGAAA